ACGACGAACGUCGAGGAAAUGGUGGACGCGAUCGAAAACAAAGAGAACGCGGUAGAAGUUAUAGUGAAUCUCAAGACCAAGCUAUAGUUGACAGUCCCGAGAAAAACUUGACAACUCUUUUGAUCAUUUUGGGCGAUAAGAUGACUCCCCAAGAAAUACACAAGAACAUUGAAAAAAUUGCAGAAAUUGUUCAAGCUGAGUACUCUAAAUACGAGCCUCUUGUAUUAAAUACAAUAAAAAAUUGCUUUAUGGAAUUGCCAAUGAAGACAUUUAUAUACGGUACCCUCGUUGGUCUUGUGAAUGUCAAACGACCUGAUAUUGGUUCUGCAAUAGUAAAAAUGACAGCACAAACGUUACAGCAAUGUUUGAAUGAAGGAAACUGGCGCAAAGCAAAGUUUGCUUUGACAAACGCUAACGUAAUAUUACCAAGAACCAUGUUAGAUAUAUAUGAUGAUCUUUUAACUACUCUUGAUGAACCAAAUGUUAAAUUGUAUCGCGCCGAUACAAUAGUAUACAUUGUAUUAUCAACAUUGCCUUUUGUAGCAUCACAGCUUAGCGAAAGAAGCCCAGAGAUGUUUGACAGCAUAUUAUCGAAAAUUGAACGAUAUUUUGAAAAUAGAGAGCGAGUUAUUACGGAAAUUGGUGGUUCUGUUGUUCUUCACUCUGUCAUGCCGUACAUAGGAUCAAAUUUGCCAUAUGAUCAAGUUGAUAUUCAAAAUCUAAGGCGUAACGGCUGGGAGUGCAAAAUUCUUUUGAAACCAUGGUCAGAUUACGAUAGUGUCUUAGUAACAUCAGAUCAGCAUGAGGUAGAUAAAUUCAUAGUUACAGAACAUUCAUACAAACUGUGCAAUUCGUUACCAGUUCCUUUGUUUCGGAUUUUUGUCGGUCUGGAAGAUGAGACGAUAAUUGACUCCCAUAAAACGACGGAUAUUUCAUAUUUUCUUAUUCGUGACAUUAUUGAUGAUAUUAUUGAAAUAUAUGAGAUAAAUCGUAAAGAAUGUACAAAGUAUCUAAAGGAUCUUGCGUAUAAUUUUGCAUCUGGUACAUUUGUCGAAAAAGACACUACCACGUCUAUACCAAAACCUAUUGUUAAAGUAAAAGAUGAACCCGACAUAAAAAUUGAACCAGAUAUAGACACGUCUCCCGAUAAGUGGGAAAUUAAUAAUUCCGACGAGGCUAAUGCAAGCUCAAGUUCGAAUCAAGGUAUCAUAGGUUUUAAACUUGAACAGAUCAUAGUUGAGUUUCGUGGGUGGCUCUCUCUUUACCUCGGUAAAGCCAUAGGAAUUUUAUUUGAUCGUCUUGGUGUUAUGGAUGUUGAAUGUUGCUAUCGAUUUUGGAAUUGGUUCGCUCAUCAUCUCAGUAACUUUGGAUUUGUAUGGAAUUGGAAAGAUUGGGAGGCAACUUUACAAUUGGAUCCACUGCAUCCAAAAGUAUGUUUUAUACGAGAGACUUUAGAAAAGACAAUACGUUAUAGUUAUUACGAUCGGAUUAGAUCCACAAUACCGGAAGAAUUUUUUACUUUAUUUCCGACAGCUGAACCAUCUACAAAUUUUCGAUACGAAGAUCCCGAUCACCGUCUACACGACUUUGCUACAAAUUUAAUAAGUAAGCUACGAAGCAAAAACCCUAAUAGUGAUAUACAAGCGCAUUUGGAUGAGGUAGGCAAGAGUUUUCCUGACCUGCCUGCUAAAGAAAAAGAACAAACAAUUCGUGAUUUGUUUGUACAAUGUGUGCUGAUGCUAGGCAGUAAGAGUUUUAGUCACGUAUUGAAUGUAAUCGAGAGGUAUUUACAGAUUUUGCAAUCUUUGAACGAGUCGUAUGAUGCAAGGUUACACACUGUAAAAAUUGUUGCAGAAUUUUGGGUGAACAAUACACAAUUCUUGGGUAUAUUACUAGAUAAAUUACUAAAUUAUCGUGUAAUUGAUGCUAUUGCUGUAAUAUCAUGGCUAUUUGCAGAUGAGAUGGAAAAAGACAUUGCAAGGUCUUAUAUGUGGGAAAUCAUGAAAAACACUAUUAACAAGGUUAUAUCUCGUGUAAAGCAAGUCACAAGUAAAAGAGAAACGGUAUUAAAUCCACAAACUGAAGUUGCCGGUCAAGGGAUAGACAUCACAUCUGAAGAGGAUAAAAAGAUCAAUGUUCAGGAGUUGCACACGAUUGAAAAUACACUGAAUACGGUUACCAGAGAACAAAAUGAAGUUUUAUUAAAGAUGGUUCAAAUGUUUGUUACCUUACUCGAUAAUAAGUUGAAAAUCUAUCAAAAGCAGGGAAUUACAGACCCUAUGUCACAAUUAUGGUUCUGGUGGGCUUAUGGUUUUUUCAAAGAGAUUGGAAGGACGUAUCAACCGCAAAUAUCUACGUUUAUUGUGACAGUAGAGACUAUAGUUAUUACUCCGGAAACAGAUCCAUAUAUUUUGAAAGUUAUUGAGAUGAUUAAAGCGUUUGAACAUAUGAAAAAUGCAACAAUCGAAAACGACUAG